GGGCAUGCUCCCGGGCCCCUCCCCCGUCCCGCGCAGCAGACGCAGGGAGGCCCCGCCUCCGCACGCCGGCCACGGCAAGAUGGCGGUGGUGGCUGAGAGGAACGGAGCGGGUUCAGCAGCGGUUUUGGUUAUCAGGAUGUGAAUAGGUUUCUGACAACCAGACCUGUCCACAAGUAGCGCGCUGGCCAAGCUGCUUUUCUCUGUAAAACUGAGGAGCCGAGUGGCACCAUGAAGGUCUUCUGCGGGCGGGCCAAUCCGACCACGGGAUCUGUGGAGUGGCUGGAGGAGGAUGAGCACUAUGACUACCACCAGGAGAUUGCGAGGUCAUCCUAUGCAGAUAUGCUGCAUGACAAAGACAGAAAUAUAAAAUAUUACCAGGGGAUCCAGGCUGCUGUGAGCAGGGUGAAGGAGAGAGGACAGAAGGCCUUGGUUCUUGACAUUGGCACUGGCACAGGUCUCUUGUCAAUGAUGGCAGUCACGGCAGGUGCUGACUUUUGCUACGGUAUUGAGGUUUUUAAGCCUAUGGCUGAUGCAGCUGUGAAGAUAGUGGAGAAAAAUGGCUUCAGUGAUAAGAUUAAGAUUAUCAACAAGCAUUCCACUGAGGUGACAGUAGGGCCAGAUGGUGACAUGCCAUGCCGUGCCAACAUCCUGGUCACAGAGCUAUUUGACACAGAGCUGAUCGGGGAGGGAGCACUGCCCUCCUAUGAGCAUGCGCACAGGCAUCUCGUGCAGGAAAAUUGUGAGGCAGUACCUCACAGAGCAACUGUCUAUGCCCAGCUGGUGGAGUCUAGAAGGAUGUGGUCAUGGAACAAGCUGUUUCCCAUCCAUGUUCAGACCAGCCUCGGGGAGCAGGUCAUUGUCCCUCCCUUGGAGCUGGAUAGGUGCCCUGGUGCACCGUCCGUCUAUGACAUUCAGCUGAACCAGGUGUCACCUGAGGACUUCACUGCCCUCAGCGAUGUGCUCCCUAUGUUCAGUGUGGACUUCAGCAAGCAAGUCAGUAGCUCAGCAGCUUGUCAUAGCAAGCAGUUUGAACCUCUGGCAUCUGGCCGAGCUCAGGUGGUUCUUUCCUGGUGGGACAUUGAAAUGGACCCAGAUGGGAAGAUCAAGUGCACCAUGGCCCCCUUCUGGGCACACUCAGACCCGGAGGGGCUCCAGUGGCGGGACCACUGGAUGCAGUGUGUAUACUUCCUGUCACGAGAGGAGACUGUGAUGCAGGGCUCAGCCCUCUGCCUGGUAGCCCACCACGAUGACUACUGCGUGUGGUACAGCCUGCAGAGGACCAGCCCCGAAAAGGACGGGGGCAACCUCCAUCAAGUGCGUCCCGUCUGCGACUGCCAGGCUCACCUGCUCUGGAACCGGCCUCGGUUUGGAGAGAUCAAUGAUCAAGACAGAACAGAUCAAUAUGUCCAGGCCCUGGGGACGGUACUGAAGCCAGACAGCGUCUGUCUCUGUGUCAGCGACGGCAGCCUGCUCCCCAUGCUAGCCUGGUACUUGGGGCCAGAGAAGGUAUUUACAGUAGAGAGUUCAGCAGCUUCUCACAGACUGAUGAAAAAAGUCUUCAAGGCUAACCACUUGGAAGAGAAAAUUAAUAUAAUAGAGAAACGACCUGAAUUGUUAACACCUGCAGACCUGGAGGGUAAAAAGGUCUCUCUCCUGCUGGGCGAGCCGUUCUUCACCACCAGCCUGCUGCCGUGGCACAACUUGUACUUCUGGUACGUCCGGACUGCUGUGGACCAGCACCUGGUGCCUGGCGCAGUGGUGAUGCCUCAGGCCGCAUCACUGCACGCCAUGGUCGUGGAGUUCAGGGACCUGUGGCGUAUCCGGAGCCCCUGUGGUGACUGUGAAGGCUUCGAUGUGUGCAUCAUGGAUGACAUGAUCAAGCGGGCCCUGGACUUCAGGGAGAGCCGGGAGGCUGAGCCCCACCCUCUCUGGGAGUACCCUUGCCGCAGCCUCUCCGAGCCCCAGCGGAUCCUGACGUUUCACUUUCGGCAGCUGGUACCCCAGCAGCCGAUCCGCACUGAGGGCUCCAUCCAGCUGAGAAGGCCUGGAAGGAGCCACGGGGCUGUACUGUGGAUGGACUACCACUUGACCCCAGACAUCACUGUCAGCACUGGCCUCCUGAGGCCUGCAGGGAACAAGGGGGACUGUUGCUGGAACCCCCACUGCAAGCAGGCUGUGUACUUCUUCAGUACUACCCUGGACCCUAGAGUGCCGCUGGGCAGCCCACAGUCUGUCACCUACGCUGUGGAGUUUCAUCCUCACACUGGAGAUAUCACCAUGGAUUUCAGACUCUCAGAGGACCCGGCUGAUGUGCACUGACCCUCGGUUGUUGGAAAUAAAGUGGCCCGAGGAUA